AUGGAGCGUGUGGAGAUGUUCUCUGCUGCGCACCGCCUGAAUUCUGAGAAUUUAAGCGUUGCUGAAAAUAAGGAGACGUUUGGAAAGUGUAAUAAUGACAAUGGUCAUGGACAUAAUUAUGUUUGGAAGGUAAAACUUCGUGGAGAAGUCGAUCCGGUCAGUGGAAUGGUUUACGAUCUGGCGAAACUCAAGAAGGAGAUGAAUCUCGUUUUGGAUACUGUAGAUCAUCGAAAUCUGGAUAAGGAUGUGGAAUUCUUCAAGACUACUGUAUCCACAUCGGAAAACGUGGCAAUUUACAUGUAUCAAAAGCUGAAAUCAGUCAUGUCAAAUCCGUCGGUACUGUACAAAUGCACCAUUGAAGAGACGCCGAAAAAUGUUUUUACUUAUAAAGGAAAUUAG